AUGUCAAGUAGAGCGUUGAGAAAACUACAUGGAAAUCAGGACUUAGAAGUGCUAGAAAAUGGUAAAAAUACCGAUGACGAGGAAGAAGAUGUUGACAAUGAGAAAAGAAGUUCUAACAAGAAGAAUCGGAAGCCACAGAACCCGUUUCUCUUGUUAGGAGAAGAGGAGGAUGAAGAUGAUAAUGAAGAAAAUGUGGAGGAAAAUACUCUUCAGGUGGAGGUGAUUAAACCCGAAACAAGUGUAAACAAAAAGAAGAAGAAGAAAAAGAAAAAGAAGAAGAAAUCAGCUGAAAAAGAUGUUGACAAUGAGGAUGACGAAAUUGAAGCCAGUAUUAAAGAAGUCAAUCGCAUUCUGGAAAACUCUGGACAUGGAGCAGAAUGUAUUACAAAAGCAGACACAGUCAGUGACUCCAACAAGGCUAUUCUCACAGUAGAACACAAAAAUUUGAAUCCAGAUAAUGAACUCAAGAGGAUAUUUGGAUCUCGCGUCAUCCAAGCUGAAUCAUCAAGGAGAAGGCAGAGAAAUAUGCCACUGCGUCGACGGGCGAGUUGGUUAGCCACACCUAAAGAUACCUGGCCUCACAUCGGAAAAACAGGGUUGACAAUGUCAAUAAAAGAGACGCAGGGAAAUGUGAAUUAUUUUGUGUAUGAACACAACCACCAGUAUCAACAGGUGCAAUUCAAGUUCUAUGACGCUGUGGAAUCUCUGAAUCCCCAGAAUAUUAUGGACAUUGUCAGAUCACAUCCAUAUCACGUGGAUUCCCUGAUCCAGAUGAGUGAAGUGUUCCGUAUGAACGAGGACAUGCAGACAGCUGCUGAUUUAAUAGAGAGAGCUUUGUUUUCCUUUGAGAUGUCUUUCCAUUCCCUGUUCAGUUUAACAACAGGAAACAGUCGACUUGACUUCAAGCAGGCAGAAAACAGACCAUUUUACCUGGCUCUUUUUAAGCACCUUGUAAACGUGGGACAGAGAGGUUGUUAUAGGACAGCCCUGGAAUUCUGUAAAUUACUUCUGAGUCUUGACCCUGACAAUGACCCUAUGUGUGUUUUGCUGAUGAUUGACUUUUAUGCACUGAGGGCUGCCGAGUAUUCCUUUCUAAUCCGACUCUACCAAGAAUGGGAGGAUCAUAGAAAUUUGUCUCAGCUACCAAACUUUGCCUUUUCUGUGCCACUUGCUAUGUUUCUUCAGGAAGAAUCUCAGAAUUCAACAGAUACAUCAGAGGCAGAUGAAAAGCUACAAGAGGCUCUGAUAAUGUUCCCUGGUUUGUUGAUGCCCUUACUGGACAAGUGCAGUGUUAACCCGGACAGUGCUGUCUGUAGUCACGCUUUCUUUGGAGACAAAACUCAGUACAGUCAGACUGCGGCCCUGAAGCAGCUGAUGGGUUUAUACAUCGGUCGCUGUCAUGCCUGUUGGAAGCAGCCUGAGGUUGUACAGUGGCUGGAGAGGAAUGUUAAGGAGGUUCUCAGGAGAGUGGAGGGAGAGGAUCCGCUGGUGGUGGAAUGUAGCAAAAAAAGACAAGUUAGAUACCAGGGGACUCCAAGGAACAUUCUAAGGCACAUCCUCAUCUCUGAAAUCAAGGAUGCAAUUACUGCUCUCCCUCAGGAUGUGGCCAACACCACUGUACUGAGUUAUGAUCCCCUCCCUCCUCUGGACUCUGUGUCAGCGUACCAGCGACCAGACAGGCAAAGGAGGCCACAAGAAGGAAACACUUUGGCUUUGUUUUUGAGAUCCCUUUUGCCAAACUUUAAUCCAAAUGAACCACCCCCAGAGAAUGAGGGGGCAGAGGGAGGAGGGGAGGGGACCAACCUCAGACAGGGAGUCAAUGUGCUAAUGGAAGCUAUGAGGGACCUACUGGCCAACAUACGACCAGUGAAUCCCCCCGUGGAGAACCAGGGGGAGGGAGAGGAGGAAGAGAGGGAGGAGGGAGAAUGGGACUGACCUUAGGUGGAGGAUCUAGUGGGGGUGGGAGGAUAAUGACGUCAAAGACAACUGGUCGAUCAUAAAUAACAGUGUACACUACAGUGUGUAAAACUGGUCGAUCAUAAAUAACAUAGUGUACACAACAGUGUACACAUGACAGUGUUAACACAACAGUGCUUUCAAUAGAAUUUUAUAAAGUGAUUGAAUGUUUGGUCUAUUUAUGUGGAUGAUAGAAUGAAUUUUUAUGAUUUCUUUCAUUAUAAUUUGAAGAAUUGUUAUUCAAUUCAGCAAACAGAGUAAAAUUUAACUUAAUGGUAAGGAGGCUAUCACUUGUAAUUUGACAUUUAAAAGGAUCAUGCUAUACAUAUAUUUUACUUAUUUUUUCAAAAGUCUUUAAUUUAAUUUCUUACAUGUGGAUGAAAAAAUGUUUUGUUCAGCAUAAAAAUUAUUUUAAUGCAAUGAAUUUGUUAAUCAGAGGUGAUUCAACCUUAGGGACAUGCAUGUACAUGUUCAUAGAAUGGUGACUUGUACUAUAAAUGUCCCUUAUAUAAUUGAUGAAAAUAAAAGCAAACAAUAUUUAUA